UCUUUAAUUACCUACAUUAUUCUUGGAACAUAGAUAAUAAUAUAAUGUAACUGAUAAAAAUUAAUGGACAUUGUCCAAUAUCGAAAGAAAGCUCUAGAGUCGUUUUAACUUGCAGCGAGAUACGUACGACUGGAAGUAGUAGGACACAGUAGUCGAGUAACAAAGAGUAACCGAAUGGUAGGGGUGGUAGCGGUGGUGGUGGUAGCAGAAUACUUAGUGGAGAGAGGGUAACCGCUUACUGCUCUUCUCCCUAGAGGUUGUCAGUGACAGUCGAACUGUCGCGUCGUUAAAACGACUGGAGGGAGUUUCUCGAAUUGCGCAAGCGAGAAAAGCGUCCGUUACACCCGGCACCCGGUCGAGUACGCGUGUGUAUGUCCGAUACGAGUAACCACACGUGUAUAAAGAGAGACGUGAUCGUGUCGAUAUUUAUAACGGAACUCAUCGUAGACAUCAGAUCUAUACAAUCUGGAACAGAAAGGUACGAACAGAAGACGAAGAAGAUGGGAAUUACAUUUGCUUCGUUAGAAGGUUAUACGCAAGGGUAGUACUGUCUAUUCUGCUGAUUGUAUUAUGGACAAGCAGACGUACAUAUUAGAUAUAAAUAUGUAUGUAAAAGACGAUCCGAAAAAUAAUUAUCGAAAAAGUUAGAAGCGAUCAUUCUUUGAUUAAAUUAUUUGUUUCGUAUUUCUCUCUCGUUGCGAAGUACAACCGAUUCGUUCGAAGGUUCUUUCUUAAAAACGACGCCAGAGCGCGUGAUACGUUGCACGCAAUGGCGAAGAAUUGGCACCGUUAGAAGAGGGACGUUAUCCCGAAGCACGAAUUUUCGAGUUCUUCUUCUUCUUCUUCUUCCUCUUCUUCUUCUUCUUCUUCUUCUCUUCUUCCUCGUCGGCGCAUUAUGAGGAGAAAAAGGUGCGGCGCCUUUUUCAACGAAUAUCUAUACUUCUUACCUGGACGAAGGAACUAUUUUUCAACCGAAUUCGAAGAAGAUCGGUGAUCGGUGAAGAUUCUUUAAUAAAUCGAACGAGUCCUACGAGAAAAAGAAGUUUCGUAAGAAAUUUCUUCAAGAAAUUCUAGGAAAAAGAAAAAGUUCAAGGAAAAGAAAAGGAAGAAUGGCGCACGAAAACGGUAUAAACGGGGACACGGAUUCCGAGACGGUGGAGCUGAAUCCUCUUAGGAGAACGAGAUUCCACGUGAAUCGAGUGGACAGCGUCGAAGGUCGCACCAGUCUCUUAGGCGAACAGGAAACGAAAAAAUCCCUGAGACACAUGACGAGGGAAGCUUUACCUAGGCUCGACAAUUAUAGGAAUAUUAUGAGUAUCCAGGCUGCUCACAGACCCUCGCUCGAUGAACUCCACAAUCCUACCCUUCUUAACAAGAGAUCCGGCUCACACACACUGCCCAUAACGGACGUAAAGCUGCCGGUGUCCGGUAUCAAAUUUGGAUGGAUUCAGGGAGUUUUAAUGAGAUGCCUCCUAAACAUAUGGGGGGUUAUGCUCUUUCUUCGACUUUCUUGGGUCGUAGCUCAUACUGGCAUAGGACAAUCUAUACUCUUGAUUCUUACAACUACAAUAGUAACGACCAUUACAUCUUUAUCCAUGUCGGCAAUUAGUACGAACGGACUUAUAAAAGGAGGUGGAACCUAUUAUAUGAUAUCACGUUCGCUUGGACCAGAGUUUGGAGGUUCUAUAGGAUUAAUAUUUUCAUUAGCGAAUGCAGUUGCCUGUUCCAUGUAUGUAGUAGGAUUCUGCGAAAGUAUGGUUGGUUGUCUUAAAUCUUAUGAAAUUUGUAUAGUGGACUGUGCCAGCACGGACAUUAGAAUUAUAGGUUUGACAGAAAUAUCCUCAAAAAAUAUAGAUCUAUCCAGGAAUAGCGUUGUGAUGUUUGCCUUUUCAUUAAUAGGUUGCGUGACCAUAGUUUUCCUUCUCUUGAUCGUAAUGGUAGGUUUGGAGUGGGAAGCAAAAGCUCAGAUCGGUCUUCUGGUUAUACUUCUUGCAGCUAUCGUUGAUUUUAUGAUUGGUACCUUCAUAGGGCCAAAAAAUGACGAGGAAAGAGCGAAAGGAUUUAUAGGAUAUAAUGCUGAUCUAUUCAUGGAUAAUUUGCAUUCGGACUACAGAUAUAGCGAAGGUGUGAAGCAUGAUUUCUUUUCAGUCCUAGCUAUCUUCUUCCCGGCGGCAACAGGUAUCCUGGCAGGUGCGAAUAUAUCCGGUGACUUGAAGGAUCCUCAAUCGGCGAUACCGAAAGGAACUUUACUUGCGAUAUUAUUAACGACACUAUCGUAUAUUCUUAUGGCAAUUAUGGUUGGAGGUAGCGUCAUGCGAGACGCUUCCGGUGAUAUAAAUGACUUAAGAACAACUGUUAAUAAUUCUUACGUCGUGCAAUCGUUUCUCGACGUAAGAAAUGACACUUCAGAAGAAAAUGUUACCAUUGUUGGGAAUUGGAACGAAACUAUUUGGAGCGUAUAUGGCACCAAAUUUAAUUGUACGUCUGGAUGUAACUAUGGAACUCACAAUAGCUUUCAGGUAAUCGAAUUAGUAUCCGCUUUUGGUCCUUUUAUUUAUGCUGGCUGUUUCGCAGCAACGCUCUCAAGUGCCUUAGCCUCUUUGGUAUCUGCACCAAAAGUAUUCCAAGCUCUCUGCCUUGAUAAUCUUUAUCCUGGAAUAGGGUGGUUUAGCGGAGAUAAAGACAAGGAACCUAUUCGCGGAUAUUUUCUUACUUUUAUCAUUGCCGUUGGUUUUAUACUAAUUGGAGAGUUAAACGCUAUCGCUCCACUGAUAUCAAAUUUCUUCCUGGCUGCAUACACUCUUAUCAAUUUCAGCACUUUUCAUGCUUCUCUAGCAAGACCAAUUGGUUGGCGACCAACAUUUAAGUAUUACAACAUGUGGCUCAGUCUUGCCGGUGCUGUUCUAUGUGUUUCUGUGAUGUUUUUGAUCUCAUGGUGGACAGCCUUGAUUACGUUGUUCGUAGUUCUAGCGCUUUAUUUGGUAGUCUCGUAUAGGAAGCCUGACGUGAAUUGGGGCUCCACUACGCAAGCCCAAUCGUAUAACAAUGCUUUGACGGCGAUUCAACAAUUAGAUAGGGUAGAAGAACAUGUUAAAAAUUACAAACCCCAAUUAUUAGUUCUUACUGGACCUCCAUCUGCGAGAGUAUCGUUAGUAGAUUUUGCUCAUCAUAUUACGAAGAAUCAAAGUUUAUUUAUUUGUGGACAUAUUAUAGAGACAUCAAUAUCGUACAAAACACGAAAUAACAUGAUAGCGAAAUGUACUUCGUGGUUUAGAGCGAAUAAAAUAAAAGCGUUUUAUUCUGUGGUUGAUGGCGCCAAUUUUCAAGACGGUACUACUUCUCUUUUGCAAGCCGCUGGUUUGGGAAAAAUGAAACCUAAUAUUUUAUUGAUGGGUUAUAAACAAGACUGGGCGUGCUGUUCACGGGAGAAUUUGAAUAUGUACUUUAACAUCAUGCACAAAGCAUUAGAUAUGCACAUAGCCGUAGCUCUUUUACGAAUUCAAGAAGGAUUAGACAGCAGUGGAGUUAUAACGGAAGUUGAGGAACAAAAAAGAUUUGUACCUACUGUGAUACCAGCAAAUCAAAGUUUCUCUCAACUUAGUCAAGCCAGUAGUACUUCAGACAUUUCAAUACCAGGAAGUCCUGCUCCGAAACGUUCGAAAGUAGUUAACGAAUAUCCAAAUCCGCUUGCAAAUGAACAACAGCGUGAAAAUAGACAAAACAUAACUCCCAUAGCAAAGGAAAUAUUUAAUGCUGUUACCAAAUUCCAAAAAAAACAAAAAAAAGGCACGAUAGAUGUGUGGUGGUUAUAUGAUGAUGGUGGUUUAACACUUUUAUUACCUUAUAUUAUUAGUACGAGACGCAAUUGGUCAAAUAGCAAAUUAAGAGUUUUUGCUCUUGCAAAUAAACAUUCUGAGCUCGAGUAUGAACAAAGAAAUAUGGCUAGUCUUUUAUCGAAAUUUCGGAUAGAUUAUUCGGCUUUGAAAGUAAUACCAGAUAUAUCAAAACCAGCUCAAAGCAGUACGAAAAAUUUCUUUGAUUCAUUGAUCGCCCAUUUUCAACAAUGCGAUAAUACUAAAGAUUCCGACGAUGGUAUUAUAAGAGAAUCUGAACUUAUUGCGAUGAAAGAAAAAACAAAUAGACAUCUCCGAUUACGAGAAUUAUUACUUGAAAAUUCUAUGGAAGCGAAUUUAAUUGUUAUGACAUUGCCAAUGCCACGGAAAGGUGCCGUAUCUGCACCUCUUUAUAUGGCGUGGCUUGAAUCUCUUACACGUGACAUGCCACCAUUUUUACUUGUCCGAGGAAAUCAUACAUCUGUUUUAACUUUCUAUUCUUGAAUACAUAACAAAAAAGUCCGUAAACAAAAAAAAAAGAAGAAAAAAAACCAAGUGAGAUAUUGUAUAACAUGAUAGCAUUAUAUUAAAUGACGAG